AUGGAAUCAGAAAAAAAUUCUACGCAAGAAUACAAGAUGAUACCUAAAAUAUCGCGACCAGUUUACAUCUUUGAAACCCCCCCAGUCGCCUUGAUCUUACCUCAAGAAAUUCUUUGUGAGAUAUUUAGUUACUUGGGAAAACACCCUGUUCAUUUUACCCGUGUCGCUCAAGUAUGCCGUACCUGGAAAUUCGCGGCAGAUAAUCAUCUUUAUUGGAGACGAUUAACAAGAUCACUUGAAUUACCUGAUCCUAAACCAAGGGCGUAUAAAUACAAAACAUAUAAAUCUGUCAUUUUAAAGAAUUGGGGAAAAUUCUGUACUUUGUGUCAUAUGAGAAAGACACGAAGUAAUGGAUUUCAUAUUAAACCGGUAUUUGUUGAUAUGGGCAAGAUCGAUAAGAUCGACUUUAGAGCCAGCACAUGGUUUAAUGUUGUUCUACUUGAAGAUAAAAAUUCUGCUUCGUUUGUGAAUAAUGAUGAUAAUGUUCAAGAUCAAAUACAGGUCGUAAAAAGAGAAAUUACUUCUCGAUUUCUUAAACAUCGGCUUUGUUGUAGAUGUAAUGCGAUUUAUAGCAGGUUUAUUAGAGAGGAAGGAGUCAAUGAACGUCGUAUCUUAUUGUAUUCUAUACUAGAAAAGUUUGGUCUAAUUUAUCAACGUGAUAAUGUUCUAUGCGAUCGAUUUGUUUUUUAUGGAGAGGGAGAUCCUACAAAGAUCGUUCAAGAACUAGUUAU